GUUCGCCGCUUCACCGGCUCGCCGAGCUUUCUCCGCUUUCUCCAAUGGCUCCAAUUCUCACCCGAACCCUAAACCUUAUCCAAUCACCAUCUGCACGGCUCCUCACCGUCCGUCGAUGCUCCGGUAGGCCGAAGAAGGAGGUGGUGGGGAAGCUCGUGGAGAUUGACCUUGAAGAGGAGUCAACUGCGACCUCGAAAGCGGAUGUUGAGGUUUUGAGGGUGCGUCGCCUUGAGGAUGCUAUUCAUGGAAUCAUUGUUCGUAGAGCUGCUCCGGAUUGGCUCCCUUUUAGACCUGGGUCGUCGUACUGGGUUCCCCCCAGGCCGACGUCUUUGGGGCUUGUGGAGUUGGUGGAGAAGCUUGCGAAUCCGAUGUCGGAGGAGGAGCGGUUGUCUUUCUCAUCGGUGCGGGGUUGGCCUUCGCUGGAUUACUUCGUUCAAGGUGACCCUCCCCAUCAUGUGAAGAAAAACAUAAAGGCAGUGAUAGCACAAUCUGAUGAUGAUGAAGGAUGAUCUAUUCAUAGAUGCAGAGAGAGCAUGCCCUCCCCUUCACUUGAAGAUAAAACAUGAAGACAGUGAUACUACAUUCUGAUGGUAGCUUUGAUUUUCUGUGAAGUUCAUGCCUAUCUUCUUCCUGCUUCAUGAUGUACUCAUUAAUAAAUUUGGUGGUCUAUGAUGGAGGAACAGCACACCAAGUAUGUGGAGGUGAGUUUCUCUGUAUAUUUAUGUUCAGACUUGCUACUUCACUCUGAGCCUUAUGUACUUGAUAUAAUCUUUUUAUAUAUAGGAACUGGUUAAUUUGUUAGAGAAAGGUGAGCAUUGAUGGAAUGGUUAUAUACAAGACUAAGAUCUUGUUACCUGAGGAAUUUAAGCUUUGUAUUUUUUUUUAAAGUUUUAUAUAAAAGAAAAUUUUAUAGUA